GUCACGUUGCGCUGAUGUCGUAAGUGUUAGUUUAGAUAUUUAGGAAACAAAUUUCGGGUUUCUUUUGUUGUGGCAAUACAAACGCUAAUGUGAGAUAAUUUUAGAUGUUCAUUCUGUGCCGUUUUAGACGGUAAAAGAAGCAGAAAAUAAAGUUUAAGCGGAACUGUUGUCAUUCAAACAAAGAGGCCGUGGGAUUCACUGAGGAGCACAGGAAGGGAAUGAAUAUCGAGUUUCCUCACAAAAAAAUCCCGUAUUAUCCGUAUUUUUUAAUCAAAUCAUAGAUUCAGUUAAGAUACAAUCAUACUUCUGCUCCUGUGUAUCUGAUAAGAACAAGUGAACCAAGAUGCUGAUAAAAGUGAAGACGCUCACAGGCAAAGAGAUAGAGAUUGACAUAGAGCCCACAGAUAAGGUGGAGCGGAUUAAAGAAAGGGUGGAGGAGAAAGAAGGGAUUCCUCCACAGCAGCAGAGGUUGAUCUACAGUGGGAAACAGAUGAACGAUGAGAAAACAGCAGCAGACUAUAAAAUCCAGGGAGGCUCUGUUCUCCAUCUGGUGCUUGCUCUGCGAGGAGGACAGCUGCUCCUCUCUCCCAGGAGCUUAAACUCCAAGCCCGCGUUGUAGCCGUCACUUGGAAACAUGCCUUAGCUUUUCGCGAUGCCUCCACUAAGAGGAUACACACAGACAUGUGUUGGCGGAGGAGUCACCUGGAGGCAUCUUAGGCAACACAGAGCCAUUGGUAGAAAGAGUUAGAUCAGUUCUACUAGUGGCAGCCACUUCCCUACAGCUCAAAGUGUACUAAACACUUCCCCCACUGUAACGUGGGCUUUGACUAAAGAUUUCCAACCCAGAGCUAAUUUAGCUGCUGCAGAAAACUGCACUGUCCAGUGUCUCUGCAUGUAAGCUUCUAUCUUUGUUCCACUGAUUUAAAAAAAAACAGAGAAGAUGUUUCAGGGAAACUUCCCCUGUAUUGUAGUCUUCUCUGCCUUUACAGUGUGACACAAACUUAGGGUUUUUCUUCAUCCAUGUUUUAUUCUGUUCUUUACAAUUUGUCCCAAACACUUAUUAUUAUUAGUAUUAUAAUCUGUUGGGAGGCUGCCGGGUGUAUCAACAUAUCAUUUUGUCCUGUGAAGCACCCAUGUAGCUCAGAUAGACUACAGUGUAGUUAAAGAAUAGCCUCACAUUUUUGGUAAAUGCAUACAGUCAAGGAAAAAAACUAUUAGACCAUUGUUUUCUUUAAUUUCUUGUUCAUUUUAAUGCCUUGUACAACUAAAGGUCCAUUUGUUUGGACCAUUAUAACCAUAACAACAAAAAGAGCUGAUAAGAGUUUAAUUUAAGAGCUGAUAUCUAGACAUUUUCCAUGGUUUUCUUGAUAAUAACCAAAAUCAUUAUCAAGAAAACUAUGGAACAUGUCUAGUUAAGUUGUGAAGAGGCUAAGAUUGAUAAGGCAAAGGAAAUAAAGGCAACAUUUAUUAUGAUCUUUUUGAAUCUCGCACCCAACAAAUAACAUACAAAAAAACUAAAACUAAUAAAAAACUAAACAUAAAAAAAACAACUCACUUUAAAAACUAAUUAAAACGAACUCAAUUUGAAAACAAAAAUUCACAAGGGAAUUAAAACUAA